CUACAAUCAUUACAUGUGUCAGCGGCGGCGGGGAAGUCCGCACUUCAAAAUUAAUGUGCAAUCAAAAACCGAUGGUGGAUUGGCUCUAGCACUCGCAAGUAUUGGUGAUAUUCGCUAUAAUUAUGGAAGUUACAAAGAAGAACUUCAAGGAAGUCUUGAAGACGCUGCCUAAGAUUCUCCAGAGUGCAUCGUUCAUUGCUAUCGACGGGGAAUUUACUGGCUUGCAUCACAACGUCAAACCGUCUUCAUAUGACACACCUGAGGAGAGAUAUGAUAAGCUCAGACAGGGUUCCAUGGAUUUCUUGCUGGUACAGUUUGGCAUGUGUGUCUUCAAGUAUGAGAGAGAGAAUUCGAGGUAUCUUGUGCAUCCGUUUAACUUCUAUGUGUUUCCAAGGCCCAUGACAAACUCCAGGAAACCAGACCACAGAUUCCUGUGCCAGAGUUCUAGCAUAGAUUUCCUGGCCUCGUUUGGUUUUGACUUCAACAAAGUCUUCAGAGAUGGAAUACCGUACCUGACGAGCAUAGAGAAGGACGCCCUCAAGGAGCAUAUCAAGGAGAAGCACGCCUUCUUUCAGCAGGAGUCGUCAGCAUCGCAGCCGAGCCCCGGCUUCCUAUCGCCGGCUGCCAAGAAACCCGUCGAAAUUCCACCAGAACAGAAAGAGUUUGUCGAAGGAGUGUGUAAGCAAGUUGAUGAGUUUGUGAAGAAUGACAAGGAACAGACACUCAACCUGGACCCUUGCACUGGAUUCCAGAGGAAGUUGACAUUCCAGACAGUCAAAGCCAGACAUGAAUCUGGGCUGAUGCUGACAACAAAGGCCGGUGAAAAGGGUGAACGCUACAUCGAGGUUACCAAGGCAACAGAGGAAGAUAAAAAGUUGAUGAUGCAGAAGAGGCUUCAGGCAGAACUGGAUGAGGUGGAUGAUGCAGCAGGCUUCUCACAGGUCAUUGACCUUAUCUCCAGCACCGGCAAGCCAGUCAUAGCUCACAAUAUGAUGCUGGACGUCAUGCACGUCUUGCAACAGUUCAGCUGUCCUUUGCCAGAGGAUCUCAGUGAGUUUAAAGAGUUGGUGGGUUGCGUCUUUCCCAAACUGAUUGACACAAAGGUCAUGGCAGGAACGCAGCCCUUUAAGGAGCGUAUUCCCAUGACGGGUUUGACAGAGCUGGAGAAAACACUGAAGUGCGACCCAUUCACAAAACCAACCUUCGUGACGGCCCCCGGUUACCCCACGUACUGUUCAAGCAACGACCAAUCACACGAGGCCGGCUAUGAUGCAUUCAUCACUGGUUCUUGCUUCGCUACCAUGGCUAACUAUCUAGGCACCUUCUUGGAUCCCCCUAGGGGGCGUGUCUCGCCUACCUGCAACCUCAUCGAGCCUUUCCACAACAAAAUGUGUCUGUUCCGAGUCCAAGAUCUGCCUUACUUGAACCUGAGUGGACCAGAUUUGAUUCCACCCAGAGACCACGUGUUUCAUCUGACUUUCCCAGCCGAGUGGAGAUCACAUGACAUCCAGCACCUCUUCAGUACCUUUGGACAGGUGUUUGUCAACUGGAUCGACCAAUCAUCAGCCUUUGUGUGUCUGACCAAUAGGGAAGAAGCGUCUGAGGUUAUGAAGACAAUUGAACGGGCACCAGAGUACACUCUGAAGACAUACAAAGAAUACCGGAGGGCAUUAAACAAUGCAACACCGGAGCAGCCCAUGGACGUGGCGCAACCCAGCACACUGGGCGACCACGCUAUCAGCAAGACCACGGCAACAAAAUCACCAUUCCGUGUUCCCCGGAGCUUGAAGCGACCUCAUGAUGCGUCCGAGGUCAGAGGUGAAGAUGCCGAGGUCGCAGAACUGACUGCUGUUGGAGGAAAGAAACGCAAACCAAUGGAUCCCAACGCUCCAGUUUUUGUUUCACGAAGAAGCGUUUCUCCCGUUGACAGCACUUCACCAGAUAACCAACAGCCACCCCACACAGAUGUUCCUGACAAGGACCCUCAGGAUAACCUGCAGACAGAUGCACCUAAAGAUGAGGCAGACAGCAGCACUACAAGUGAAAUAAAAGGAAGUGCCAAAGAGGGUGAUGAGAGCAAGAAGUUAUUUGAAGAACCAGACACCUGGUAGAUGACGAGGCAGACUGGAUGCAACCAGAUUGAACUAGAAGGAACCAGAUUGAACCAGAUAACAACCAGACACCUGGUAGUUGAUGAGGCAGGCUGGAUGCAACCAGACUUAACUAGAAGGAACCAGAUUGAACCAGAUCCCAGACUUAUACAAGUUUAUUAAAAUAAACAGACGCGUCUCAGUCAGACUGAUUCAGCACUGAACUAAGGAUGGGACUUUACGUUUAAUUUUGUAAAAAUGUGUAGCAAAUCUGUUAAGCAAUGUUUAAACGUUUAGCCACUUCACAAAGGCUGCCGCCAUCGAGCAUGUUAGUGUACAUGAAUAUACAGGUAGGUGCACAACAAAUGAAGGGCAUCAUCGACCCCGAUCUACA